AUGGCAGACAGAGGCGGCGCCGCACCAGCUGGUGGUGCCCGUGGAGGCUUCGGUGGUGACCGCGGUCGUGGCGGUGACAGAGGCCGUGGACGUGGACGUGGACGCGGCCGCCGUGGUGCAAAGAGCGAGGAGAAGGAGUGGCAGCCAGUCACCAAGCUUGGUCGUCUCGUGAAGGCCGGCAAGAUCAAGAGCAUGGAGGAGAUCUACCUGCAUUCGCUCCCUGUCAAGGAGUACCAGAUCGUCGACUUCUUCCUGCCGAAGCUCAAGGACGAGGUCAUGAAGAUCAAGCCAGUUCAGAAGCAGACCCGUGCCGGUCAGCGUACCCGAUUCAAGGCCAUCGUCGUCAUCGGUGACAGCGAGGGACACAUCGGUCUCGGUAUCAAGACCUCCAAGGAAGUCGCAACUGCUAUUCGCGCUGCCAUCAUCAUUGCCAAGCUCUCCGUUGUGCCAAUUCGUCGUGGUUACUGGGGCAGCAACCUUGGUGACCCUCACUCCAUUCCAGUCAAGGAGUCUGGCAAGUGCGGUUCCGUUACCGUUCGGCUCAUCCCAGCUCCUCGCGGUACUGGCCUGGUCGCAUCUCCAGCUGUCAAGCGUCUGCUCCAGCUGGCUGGUGUCAGCGACAUCUACACCGCCUCCUCCGGCAGCACCAAGACCCUUGAGAACACCCUCAAGGCCACCUUCACUGCCAUCACCAACACCUACGGUUUCCUCACUCCUAACCUCUGGAAGGAGACCAAGCUCACCCGCUCCCCACUUGAGGAGUACUCUGACGUCCUCCGUGACGGCAAGCGCUACUAG